AUGGCGGAGGAGAUCAGCCACCAGUCGGGGUACGUCAAGCUGAGGAAAGAGCAAGCGCCGGCUGAGGACAUUAAUCCCGGCGAGCUUAAUCUGCCCAUUGAUGUUCCUCAAUUGCACGCCCCCAAGUGCCGUGAAUGUGGACAGCCGCUACCAGAAAGCUAUCAAGCUCCUGCAGAUGAACCUUGGACUUCUGGGAUUUUCGAAUGUGCUCAAGAUCCUGAAAGUUGUCGGACAGGGUUAUUCUGCCCAUGUAUCUUGUUUGGGCGCAAUAUUGAACAACUGAGAGAGGAUACUCCAUGGACUGGGCCGUGCAUAUGCCAUGCUAUUUUCGUAGAGGGUGGACUUGCCUUGGCUGUGGGGACAGCAGCCCUGAAUGGUUUAAUAGUCCCAGGGACUAUAAGCCUUAUAACCGAGGGAUUGUUUUGCAGUUGGAUGAUGUGUGGAAUGUAUACUAGCUUAGUGAGACUGUCGCUGCAGAAGAAAUAUCAUCUCAAGAAUUCGCCUUGCGAUCCUCUCAUGGUGCACUGCUGCUUGCACUGGUGUGCCAUAUGCCAAGAGCACAGGGAACUGAAAGGCCGCCUAUCAGACGACACUCCAAUGCCGAUGACUGUAGUCAAUCCGCCUCCUGUCCAAGAAAUGAACGCCUCAGGUGACAGCCACCACUCGACACUACCACCAAGAGGAACGGCUAAUGGGGGGGAACAAGUUAAUGCAGAGAUGCAGGCUUUGUAG